ACAUCCAAAACAUCAGAGCGUCUCCGGCAAAGAUGGUGACUCGCUUUCGACUCGUUUCGAGAUCUUCUCGUUACGCCACCGUGAAGUUAUUCCAGUCGGCCUCGUUAUGCUCAUGUCGUCUCUUCUCUACCUCCUCCGACGCGACUCACCCUGAACCCGAACCAGCCCCGCCUCCGAAUCCCAUUACCGGAGACGAUAAGCUACGGAAUCUCCGAGUACUUCUCCAGCAGAACAGAAUCGAAACGGCGCGUGGAGCUCUCACCUCGCUCGUCCGAUCAGGUUCUUCUCCUUUCACAUCGCCGAAAGAGCUCUUCGCCGCCUUCUCACUGUCAUCUCCAUCGCUGAAGAACGACUUCUCCUACCUGCUCUUCUCCGUGCUGAUCCAAUCGAACAUGAUCCCCGAAGCCACGGACUUGUUCUUCGCCUUGAGGAACGAAGGUAUCACCCCCAGCUCAGACUCGUUAACGCUGUUGUUCGAUCAUCUCGGGAAAGCAAAGCAAUUCAGAGUAACUCUCAAUGUGUUUUUGAAUCUUAUUGAAUCGAAUUAUCGUCCGAGCAAGUUCAUGUACGGUAACGCAGUUUACGCCGCCGUCAAAUUGAGCGAUUUAGGGAAAGGUUUAGAGCUGUUUAACCGGAUGAAGCACGAUAGAAUCUCACCCACUGUGUUUAUCUACAACGUUCUUAUUGACGGGUUGUGUAAAAAUGGGAGGGUGAAUGAUGCAGAGAAGCUGUUCGACGAAAUGCUUCAAAGAAGAUUGGUUCCCACUUUGAUCACUUAUAAUACUUUGAUCGAUGGGUAUUGCAAAAGUGGGAAUCUCGAAAAGACUUUUAAGGUGAGAGAACGCAUGAAAGCGGAUGGUGUUGAUCCGAAUCUUGUUACGUUCAAUACGUUGCUUAAGGGGAUGUUUAACGCGAGGAUGGUGGAAGAAGCUGAGAAUGUUUUGAAUGAGAUGAAAGAUCAUGGCUUUCUGCCUGAUGCGUUCACUUUAAGUAUUCUGUUUGAUGGUUACUCGAGUAACGAGAAAACUGAGGCUGCUUUGGGUGUUUAUGAGGAAGCUGUUGAUUCUGGUGUGAAGAUGAAUGCUUAUACGUGUAGCAUUUUGUUGAAUGCGUUGUGCAAAGAAGGGAAGAUAGAGAAGGCGGAGGAGAUUUUGGGGACGGAAAUGGGUAAGGGGCUUGUCCUGAACGAGGUUAUUUAUAACACGAUGGUUGAUGGAUACUGUCGAAAAGGUGAUUUGAUUGGAGCUCGAAUGAAAAUCGAAGAGAUGGAGAAACAAGGGAUGAAGCCAAAUCAUUUGGCGUACAAUUGUUUGGUUAAGAGGUUUUGUGAAUUAGGGGAAAUGGAGAAUGCUAAGCAAGAGGUUAGCAAGAUGAAACUAAAAGGAGUUUCUCCUAGCGUGGAGACAUAUAACAUCUUGAUUGGGGGAUAUGGGAGGAAGAGUGAGUUUGAUAAGUGUUUCGACGUCCUCAAAGAAAUGGAGAACAACGGGACGAUGCCGAAUGUAGUUAGCUACGGGAAUCUGAUUAAUUGUUUGUGCAAAGGCUCUAAGCUUCUUGAAGCUGAGAUUGUUAAGAGAGAUAUGGAAGACAGAGGGGUUUCACCUAACGUAAGGAUAUAUAACAUGCUGAUAGAUGGUUGUUGCUCAAAAGGGAAGAUAGAAGAUGCUUUUCGGUUUUCUGAGGAGAUGCUAACAAAGGGAAUAGAUUUGAACUUGGUGACUUAUAACACCCUCAUCAAUGGGUUGUCCAUGAACGGAAAAUUAGCUGAAGCCGAAGACUUGUUUCUCGAAAUCUCAAGAAAGGGGUUUGUACCAGAUAUAUACACGUAUAACUCGUUAAUAUCUGGAUAUGAACAUGCUGGAAACGUGCAAAGAUGUAUCGCCUUGUACGAAAUGAUGAAAGGAUCAGGAAUAAAACCAAAUUUGAAGACAUAUCAUCUUUUGAUCAGCUUGUGCAGUAAGGAGGGUGUAGAGCUCACUGAGAAAAUAUUUGGAGAGAUGUCGUUGGAACCAGACUUGAUAGUUUACAAUGGAGUUCUUCAUUGCUACGCCAUGCAUGGAGAAAUGGAUAAGGCUUUGAAAAUGCAGAGCCAGAUGAUGGAGAAGGGAAUCGAUUUGGAUAAGGCGAGUUACAACAGCUUGAUCAUGGGACAGCUGAAAGUAGGAAAACCGAAUGAGGCUAGAAGUUUGUUUGAGGAGAUGAAAGCUCGAGGACUGGAUCCUGAAGCUGAUACGUAUAACAUAAUGGUGAAAGGGCAUUGUGAGAAGAAGGAUUAUAUGAGAGCAUAUGAUUGGUACAGAGAGAUGCAGGAAAAGGGUUUGCGAGUGGAUGCUUGUAUAGGCGGCGAGCUAGUAACUGGGCUUCGAGAAGAAUGGAAGGCGAAAGAAGCACAUACUGUCAGUUCUGAGAUGAAUGGUGACAAGCUUGAUGAUGUACCAGUGGAGGAGGCUCUUUCUGCAACAGAGAAGCUGUGAAAAUCAAGAACGUGCUCCAAAACCAAACCAACAUCAUGACUUCAUGAGUGACACUUUCUCUGGGAUCUUGAACUAGGGAUGAGACUUUUAUUGAUUAGUCCAUAUCGCCUUUAGAUUAGCACGAUCACUUUGGGAUGAGACUACGUUAAACUAUGGAGUAACACUAUAUUUCUAAAGUUUUUUUUGUUUCUGGAACAAAUUUUGACAGAUUUUGUGAAUGGUAGAACUAAAUGAAAGUGAUUGUAAAUAAUGAAAUGUAUUCAUGAGUGGAUAUA